AUGCUAUCCACUCGCUUCUUGGUUCUUUUGAGCGCCGCUGUUGCCGAAGCUGCCCUCACUUACAAGGGCGUCGACUGGUCGUCCGUUAAGGUGGAGGAAGAUUCUGGCAUCACCUACAAGACGAGCAGCGGCUCGACCGAGGCCUUGGAAACCAUCUUGGCUAACAAUGGCGUCAAUACGGUUCGGCAACGAGUUUGGGUGAACCCCUCCGAUGGCAUCUAUGACCUCGACUAUAACCUUGCCCUGGCGAAGAGGGCCGACGCUGCUGGCCUCGAUGUUUAUCUCGAUCUGCAUUUCAGCGACACGUGGGCCGAUCCGUCCCACCAGGCAAUCCCGUCAGGCUGGCCUACGGAUAUUAGCAGCCUCGCGUGGGAACUGUACAACUACACCAAGGACGUGUCGGAUCAGUUUGCCGCCGCAGGCAUCUCGCCCUCGAUUAUCUCCAUCGGUAACGAGAUCACCUCAGGCCUUCUGCUCCCGACCGGGAGCACGGACAGCAUGAAUAAUGUGGCCACACUGCUGCAUUCGGCGGCUUACGGUAUCAAGGACAGCUCCCUCGCCACGCAGCCAAAGAUCAUGAUUCACCUCGACAAUGGGUGGGAGUGGUCAACACAAGAAUGGUGGUACCAAGCCGUCCUGGAAGCAGGCCCGUUGUCAACUUCGGAUUUCGACAUGAUGGGAGUUUCUUACUACCCGUUCUACAACUCGGCCGCCACACUGGCUAGCCUCAAGACGAGUCUCACAAACAUGGCCAGCACCUGGGGAAAGGAGAUCGUCGUCGCCGAAACGGACUGGCCUACGUCGUGCCCGUCUCCGGCAUAUGCCUUCCCCAGCGACCUCAAGACUAUACCGUUCUCGGCUGCCGGCCAGACAACUUUCGUCCAGAGUGUCGCCGACAUCGUUGCAGGCGUUAGCGGCGGAGUUGGUUUGUUUUACUGGGAACCUGCUUGGGUGGACAAUGCCGCCCUUGGUUCCUCAUGCUCGUCAAACACCAUGUUCCAGUACCCUGGGACGGCGCUGUCAAGUUUGUCUGUCUUCAAGAAUAUCUGA